UUGUAGCUGACUUGUGAAUGUGGCAGCGGCGAGCCAGGGAGGGGUGAACCGGUGUUUGGAUUUUUAUAUUCAAGUAACGAUAGCUAGUUUACAGUCAAAACUUGUGAUAUAUAUUUAGAAACAACAACGGAAUCACGAAUUUUGUUUGGAUUAUUAUUGUCUGACCCGAAGAGAAUAUGAAAAAUAACAUGGGACGUUAGGAGAUGUUGAAAUGAUUAUCUGCGAGGAUAUAUAGCUCAAGCUAUUUUUAUUUUUUUCCCCACUUUGGAUUUAUUUUACAUACCGUGGGAAAACCGGACAAGCCGCCGGACAGCGGGCCGAAAGGAUGGACCAGGCGAAUAUCCUGAGAAAGUUCAUCCAAGGGGUUUGUGUUAUGCGAGAAGGGGACCAGAAAGGAGAGGAUAACUUCGGCAGUGACUUUAUGAGAUUACGAAGAUUAUCGACCAAAUACAGGACAGAGAAGAUCUACCCCACCAACGUCGGGGAGCAGGAAGGGAAUGUGAAGAAGAACCGCUAUAAAGACAUACUGCCCUUUGACCACACGAGGGUAAAGCUGACUUUAAAAACAACCAAUCAGGAUGCAGAUUACAUCAAUGCCAGCUUCAUCAAGGGAAUGGAUGGUCCAGAGGCCUACAUCGCUACCCAGGGUCCUCUACCCAACACUGUCAUCGACUUCUGGAGAAUGAACUGGGAGUACAGUGUAGCUGUCAUCGUAAUGGCAUGUCGAGAGUUCGAGAUGGGAAGGAAAAAGUGUGAGCGGUACUUUCCCCAGUUUGGUGAUGAGCCCAUGUCUUUAGGCCCGUUCACAAUCUCCUGUGAAUCAGAACAGCCCAGAACGGACUAUUUCAUCAGGACCCUGACAGUGGAGCAUGAGAAUGAGACACGUAGGAUAACCCAGUUCCAUUACAUCAACUGGCCAGACCAUGACGUCCCCUCGUCCUUUGACUCCAUCUUGGAUAUGAUUGGUCUGAUGAGAGAGUACCAGGAGCAUGAUGAUGUACCCAUCUGUAUACACUGCAGUGCUGGCUGUGGGAGGACAGGCGCCAUCUGUGCUAUAGACUACACAUGGAAUCUACUAAAGGCUGGGAAGAUUCCAGAAGACUUCAACGUGUUCCGGCUGAUUCAGGAGAUGAGAACUCAGAGGCAUUCUGCUGUUCAGACCAAGGAACAGUAUGAGUUGGUUCACAGAGCCAUCUCUCAGCUCUUUGAGAAACAGCUGCAGCUCCUGGAGAGCCCCACCAACUCAGAGAUCCAUGGUGGCAUGGUGAGAACUACCCUUCCUCCUCAGGACGAUAGCCCAGAGAAAGCUGGACACCACUCAGACGAGGAGCGAUGGGACACACCGCCCCCCAAACCACCCCGCGUACACAGUCAGUUGGAAGGGGAUGUGAAAGAGGAGAUCCUUCAGCCUCCAGAGCCUCGUCCGGUUCCUCCCAUCCUGACCCCGUCUCCCCCCUCUGCCUUCCCCACCGUCACCAACGUACGUCAGGACAACGACCGCUACCACCCCAAGCCGGUCAUCCACGUCCUGGCCUCUGCACAACAACAACAACAACAACAACAGCCACAGAAAGCCCAACAAGCCCAACUGUCCCCCGACCUGAAGGACAACUAUAACAAGACAUCUUUGGACAGGGUCCCCUCAGGAGGCCCCCCUGCCCAGGCCCCCUCUCCCUCCUCCCCCUCCCCAGUGGAUGGACCAGUGCGUCUGGACAGGGUCCCCUCAGAAGGCCCCUCUCCCUCCUCCCCCUCCCCAGUGGAUGGGCCAGUGCGUCUGGAGAGGAAGCUGAGUAUUGAGAUACAGAAGGUUCCGUUACAGGAGGGUCCUAAGAGCUUCGAUGGGAACAGCAGGCUGCAAAGAUCCCUUGCCUUCAAGGCCCGCUCCAACACCUCCAGUUCCUCUCUUUCUGAGGACUCAGGGGCCGACGGGGGGCCCCCCAACAUGACACACCAGGGCGCCUUCGGACCCCUCCCCUCCCGCCCCAACCACCUGCCCCUUAAGGGGGAGAAGGGGGGUCAGGCAGGCUGGAUCAGCCCGGAGAAAGCCCCCACACCCCCAGCCCUGGUGGCUGGGUCAGAGAGCCCCCCCACCUCCAAUCUGACCUCUUCCCAGCCCCUCUCCUCCACCUCCACCCCUGUCAGGACUGCUCUGAGCUUCACCAAUCCUCUGCACUCAGACUUCCCUGAUGUGAAGGGAGAUGGAGGAGGGGAGGGUUCCAGACCCUCCUGGUCCUCCAAGGCUACGGCCACGGUUACGGCGGCCCAUGGCGAACACCUGCCCAGGAAGGUGUCGACCGUGUCCAUCGCCGAGCAACGGUCGCCGGCGGAAACGGCAUCAAACAGCGACCAGAGUGAAGAUUCCCCUCCCCCUCUACCUGAGAGAACCCCAGAGUCCUUCAUUUUGGCCACAGACCCAUCAGAGUUGAAGGCACCAGGACCAUCAGACUGGAGUAUCUCGGAGGACCAGUCAGUAAAAGGAGCAGGUUUUCCUCAGGAGCAGAGGAGUACACAGGCACAGACAGCAGAGAGAGAACCAUCAGGAGAGAGGAGUAAGAAGAUUUCAGAUGCAGCAGGAGUGGAAACAUUACCUGCCAACACCACAGUAGCAGACAGCUCAGCAGAGAGCAAGGCUUCCUCCGAGAUGGGAUACGGUAACCGCUGCACACAACCCAAAGGCCCCAGGAACCCCCCUACACAGUGGACAUGAUCAUGGCUUCUACCUAUAGCCCCCUUCACUGCCCCCCUCCCCCCUCCAAGUCCUCCUGGAUCCUCACCUUGUCUCUUACAAGGGCCACUGUGUAUGAAGGAGAUGACUGGGUGCUGUCCCAUCCUUGGACACCGACACCUUUUCCUAACUCAUAGGGCAGAUGUGAAAUGGCACCCUAUUCCCUAAAUAGUGCACUGUAUAUUUGGCCAGAGUCUUGUACAUGUAGGCAACAGGGUGCCAUUUGAGACAAAGCCUAAAACACAAUCUGCAAAGCAAUUUAGAUAAUCUACCCAGGAUGCAACGGUACACUUUCUGCUGUACUUGUGCCAGUUGCCAGGGGCUGUCUGUGUGCUGGUGCUAUUAAGUGUUUCCCAAAUGGAACUCCAUUCCCUAUAUAGUGCACUACUUUUGACCAGGGACCAUAGGGCUCUGGUCAAAAGUAGUGCACUACUUAGGGAAUAGUGUGUCAUUUGGGAUGUACAAUUAUCUCCUCCUCUGCUGGGACCAUACAAACCUGCCUUAUUCUCUUUGGGGGCAAAUCCUAACUUCCACUUAAGUUGAAUUUUCACUUAGUCAUGAGGAUGUGAAUGGGAGAGAAUUGGUCUUAAGUGCAAGUUAGGAUUUGACUCUUAGUCCGAAACAAUCCGUCACAUUGGAUCCCGAUUCAUCUUUUUGUUUAGUUUUCUAUUCCAGAAAAAUACUUGACUUUCUUAUCUUCUGUACUUUUAGACUUGUAUUAUGACAUUACAGAGGAAGACAUGUAUCACUAGGGACAGAGGACUACUGUUAUAUUAUUUUUGAUUCAUUUUUUUUGCUAACUUCUCGAUAGCUAUAUAUGCAUUGUUUUCUACAUGUACAGGGCAACUAGGUAUAUAAUAUUUAAUGUGCUCCCUCUAAAUAUUCGUAUUAACAGAAGAUGUAACUAGUCUGUCCAUGACCCCCCUCCCUCUCCCCAAUGUUCCUCUGACUGUAAAUGAUUUGCCCUCUUGUUCUAGCAAAUAUUGCAGGGUUUUGUUCUAAUGACGUGUAAAGGUUUUGAAUCAGCUGGCGUAGCGCCGACCUCUUGCUGAGAUGGAAACGGGCUCAAGAUUGUGUAAUAAUAAUCUCUCUUUCUGUCACUUCUGUUCUAAAGGAUCUUGGUGUGUCUAUGCUGUUUCUCCUCUCUUCAGUUUCUGCCCUGCCACAACGGGGAAAGUCCCCUCCAGUCCGGGAGGACUGCAAGUCUCCUGGGUUUCUUUCUCUCUCGCUCCUUCUCAUCAGACUAAUUCAAACCCGGUGAUGACACCGCCAGAUGAUUAGACUCUCUGGCCAAUCAGAGACAUGAUUCAAUCAGCCAAUGAACUAAACCAGGAGUACUUUUGGCGCUCCAGGCCUGGAGUUGAAUUCCCUUGGACCCUAACUGAUACCACUAGCAUUUGUUUUGGAGCCCGCCUGUGCCUUUUGGAGAGUGCUGCCCCCCCCCCCCCAUCAUCAGCAGCACGUGUAGCCACGCGCUCAGCCGUGUUGGUUGGUCCACUCCUCUUGGAAACUGCUUGCGUCCCAAAUGGCACUAUAUUCCCUAUAAUAGUCCACUACUUAUGAACAGACCAGACUCUGGUCAAAAGUAGGGAAUAGGGCCCUAUGGGGGCUCUGGUCAAAAGUAGUGCACUAUAUAGGGAACAUGGUGCCUUUUUGGGUCACAGACCCUCUCUGACACCCCUCCUCCUCCUACACAACGCAGACCUGUUUGUAUGUUGCAGAAAUCAAUGGACCCGUCAGUAAAGACUAAAGACAUCAAGUAGAACAUGCUUCCUUGUUUUCCUACACUGUUUUUAAAGUCUCUAGAGGGGCUGGGGGAGUAGCGCUGGGGCUUCC